AAAACAAGAAGAAUCAGCUUCGUUCUCUCUUUCUGUCUCUCAGGAAUUUGCUUUCCUUCUGUAAAUCUAAAGAGAGAUAGAUAGAGGGAAGGAAGGGGAUAUAGAAAAAUGGAAACAGGCAGGCAAUCCGUGAAAUUUUCGGGUGAUUUUGUGAUGGGAGGAGUAGCUGCAGUGAUAUCAAAGAGUGCUGUGGCACCCAUUGAGAGAGUGAAGCUGUUGUUGCAGAAUCAAGGGGAGAUGGUUAAGAGGGGACAGCUGAAGAGACCUUAUGUGGGUGUUGGUGAUUGUUUUAGAAGGGUUUUGAGAGAGGAAGGCUUGAUCUCAUUUUGGAGGGGUAACCAAGCCAAUGUCAUAAGAUAUUUUCCUACCCAGGCUUUCAACUUUGCAUUUAAAGGUUACUUUAAAAGCUAUUUUGGAUGCUCAAAAGAGAAAGAUGGUUACCUGAAGCGGUUUGCUGGAAAUGUGGCUUCAGGAAGUGCUGCUGGGGCUACUACAUCAUUGUUGCUGUAUCAUUUAGAUUAUGCACGGACCAGGCUUGGCAUGGAUUCAAUACAAUGCUCAGCUAAUGGUCAACGGCAGUUCAAAGGGCUUUUGGAUGUAUACCAUAAAACAUUGUCAAGUGACGGCAUUGUAGGCUUAUAUCGUGGAUUUGGGAUUUCAAUCAUGGGAAUCACUAUGUAUCGAGGCAUGUAUUUUGGGAUCUAUGACACAAUGAAGCCUAUCAUUUUGGUUGGACCUCUUGAGGGGAAUUUCUUCGCUAGUUUCCUGCUUGGUUGGAGUAUCACCACUGUUUCUGGGGUUUGUGCGUAUCCCUUUGACACUGUGCGGCGGAGAAUGAUGCUGACCUCUGGACAACCUGUAAAAUAUCGCAAUUCCAUUCAUGCUUUACAGGAGAUUAUUUGCCUAGAGGGAUUCACUGCACUUUUUCGUGGUGUUACUGCAAAUAUGCUUCUUGGUAUGGCAGGGGCCGGAGUACUUGCAGGAUAUGACCAACUACACCGGUUUGCAUUAAGACGUGGAUAUAUUUUUUAGCAACAUCAAGGUACAUUGAAAUGAAAGCCAUAGAUACAGUAUUUCUAUACUAGCAAAGCUUCCAAGUUGAUUCUUACACAUGUUUGAGGAGGAAUGAAAAAUCGGGUUGGAUUUGGUCAGUUGGGGCCAAGAAUGUCUGGCAGUCUGGGAAGGAAAUGUAAAUUUGGUAGGACAGUCUUCUUUCUCUGAAAUUAGAAGAUGACCGGCCACUGUAUAUGAUCUGUAUAGUUCACUAUUAACACAUUGAUUUAUUUUUGAAACGAUAGAUGGCAAAUUUCAGAAAUAAAUUAACCAUUACAAG